AUGAUCGCCACGCUAAAGCCUGAGGUUCGAAAACGCGUACGGACGGUCGUUUUCGACAUCACAGAGGGCGAGGAAAACAUCAAGCCCAAGAUCGCUUCAGCGGCUGCGUACUGGGGUCGUAUUGAUGUCUUGGUGAACAAUGCCGGGUACGGUCUUCCUAGCCUUAUGGAAGAAGGAGGGAGCAAAUUGUUGCGCCGCCAGUUCGAGACCAAUGUGUUCGGUGUCCUGGACGUGACGACUGCCACCCUACCUUAUUUGAGAGCGAACAGGUCUGGCUGCGUUGUUGUAAUCGGCAGCAGAUCAACCUGGAGAGCUGAAUUACCUGGUCUCGGGCAUUACGCAGCCUCCAAAGCUGCGAUACACGCCGUCACUGAAAAUCUUAUGAGCGAACUCGCCCCCUUGAACGUCAAAGUUCUCUUGGUGCAGCCAGGGGCUUUCCGGACCGAAGGAAUCUACGGCGAAGCCUUCUUCACUGGGAACCCAAUACCAGACCAUGACGAACUCCGUACCAAAAGUAUCGCCCGCUUCGCCGCUAUCGCAGGGUCAGAGCGCGGGGAUCCCGACAAAGCAGUCGAGGCCAUCGUGGACAUCGUUCGCGGCGAAGGCGUUGCUCAAGGGCGUCCGUGGCCAAACUACUUGUGGCUCGGUGAUGAUGCUGAGGCGGAUGUGAGGAACAAGUGCAGGAAGGUGUUGACGGAGUUGGACGCGUGGAAAGACGUGACGAGGGGUGUCAACUUCGACGGUGUCUAA